GUGGUCCCACUGGACGCCCGGCUUGAGCCGCAGAGGCCGGUGAGGGACCGGGGGGACCUCGCCGCGAACAGAGGGCGCGGGCCGAGGGAGCCGGUCGUGGGGGCGCGCGUGCAUGGAGGCGGCGCCGGCGGACUCCUGAGAGCAGCGGCACGAGCGGAGCGGGCCCCCUCGGGUAUUCUUCCAGCUGCCUCGUGCCAGCGGCGCCGGCGCGGCCAUGGCGACGGGCACUCAGCAGGAAAACACGCUGCUUCACCUCUUCGCCGGCGGGUGCGGGGGCACGGUCGGCGCUAUCUUCACUUGUCCCCUGGAAGUCAUUAAGACGAGGCUGCAGUCCUCGAGGUUAGCCCUUCGCACCGUCUACUAUCCGCAGGUCCAUCUGGGGACCAUCAGUGGAGCUGGAGUGGUGAGGCCAACGUCCGUGACGCCCGGACUCCUACAGGUUCUGAAGUCAAUCUUGGAGAAGGAGGGACCAAAGUCACUGUUUAGAGGCUUGGGUCCAAAUUUGGUUGGAGUCGCACCGUCAAGGGCCGUGUACUUCGCCUGUUACUCCAAAGCCAAAGAGCAGUUCAACGGCGUGUUCGUGCCGAACAGCAAUACGGUGCACAUCUUCUCCGCCGGCUCCGCAGCGUUUGUCACAAAUUCCUUAAUGAAUCCUAUAUGGAUGGUGAAAACCCGGAUGCAGCUAGAGCGGAAGGUGCGCGGCUCCAAGCAGAUGAACACGCUGCAGUGUGCGCGCCACGUGUACCAGACGGAAGGCGUCCGCGGCUUCUACCGGGGGCUGACCGCCUCGUACGCGGGCAUCUCGGAAACCGUCAUCUGCUUCGCGAUCUACGAAAGUUUGAAGAAGUGUCUGAAAGACACCCCGUUAGCCCCCCCUCCGAAGGGGGCUGAGAAGAAUUCCACAAACUUUUUUGGACUUAUGGCAGCUGCUGCUGUCGCCAAGGGGUGCGCCUCCUGUAUCGCCUAUCCACACGAGGUCAUCAGGACGCGGCUCCGGGAGGAGGGCACCAAGUACAAGUCCUUCGUGCAGACCGCGCGGCUGGUCUUCCGGGAGGAGGGCUACCUCGCCUUCUACCGGGGCCUCUUCGCGCAGCUCAUCCGGCAGAUCCCCAACACCGCCAUCGUGCUGUCCACCUACGAGCUCAUCGUGUACCUGCUGGGCGACCGUCCCCAGUGACCGGCCAGCGCGUGGUGCUGUGGGAGAGCAAAACUGAAAAACUCGCGAGAGACCUUUUCUUUUCCGUUGAUGUUUAGGAUGUUCGAGACCGCAACAGGAGAGGCCACGAAGGACGUGGCUCGCGGCGCCUGCUGGACAUUUCCUUUUGGAUUCAUGUUUUCUGGAAGGUUUAAAUUCAUUAACGUUAAUAGUUAAUUAUAACUUUUUUUUUAACUUAAGAGGAUUCAGGAUUCAGCAGCAACUAAAUUAAAUCAUGCUAUUUAAUUUAAGUAUAAA